UGUUCCUAAUAAAGUGCUCGGUGAGUGUAUAUAAUUAAUAUAUCAGUCACAGGGAACAUAUUACUGCAGCACUUGUAGUUUUAAAGGAUCUGAGGAAUUCUUCCACCAGCAGCAGCAGCAGCAGCUGUGUAGUCUACAGAGCAGCUUGUGUAUUAUUGUAGGUAUGAAUGUGUAUCAUCAGGACAAACAUGAAGCUGCUGAGGUCGUAUGUACUCGGCAUGUCUAUGCAGCUCUCCUCACAGCUUUCCAAGUCACUCUGUUCGUUCAGUUUUCUGUAUCAGCUUCUUGGACUCAUUCCUUAAUGCGAUCUGACUGCAGAGUUUAGCUUCAGGGCUUCUUCUCCUGUUCCACCCUCUGACACGCCUGGAAGACUUAGAAGUUUGUUUUCAGACGGGAGGCAGAAAAUUGCCGGUCUCAUCAUGGCCCCCAAACUGAGCAUGCUGCUGCUGCUGCCGCUGUUGCUGGCCGUCGCCAUGGUUACGGUGCAGGCCCAGAGGCGACGCCCGAGCUCGACGUCCACGGACGAGUGGAACUUCAGGGAUGGCUCUGAGAGGGUGAACAUGCGGGGUGUGGCCAACCUGACUCAGAUUCUGGACAACUGGAGGUUCGACAUCCUGAACCAGAUGAAAGGACUCCUGCAGAACGACCACCAGUCCCUGCUGCCCGACUACGCCAGGAUCCAGCCGCUGUCCGAGGCUUUAGACGACCUCUACAAGGAGUUCAACGCCCUCAAGUCUCACCUGGGCGACCUCACCGAGAAGUUCGCCGCCAUAGAAACUUUCAUCGACGAGGUCAAAGCCAACCAGGCCAACAACGCCAACGCCGGCCCGGCGUCCGGCCCCGCUGCGGCCCCCAGACCGACCAACAGGAGGGUGAUUAGGAAGAAGACCACCGUCUCCUAACCGGCCAAUGACGCGCUGCUUCCUUCCUGAUGUCUGCUUCUUCUUCUUCUUCUUGCCACCCUCUUCAGGAUGUUUGUCAAUUUGAAGCUUAUUCUGCUUUAACAGAUUCAAAGGUUCACAUUUUUACAAAUCUGUCUUUAAACAGUACUCACAAAUAUACACGGAAGUUGGAAGUUAGAGUGUUUUUUUGGUACAAAAAUCAUCUUUGUGUUCGUAUCUCUGCAGUGCCGCUCAGUAAGAAAACACCAGCCAGGUUUCCAUCCAGAUGUAGCACAAAUUUCCAGAAUAUCAGCAAAAGAACUGAAUGUAAUGAAUGUUUGUUUCCAUCCACUCCUGUUGUGUGAAUAUUAGGAGAUAAACUCCAGUUGGUGCUAUUAAACGGUUGCAGAAGAAGAGGAAACAACGAGAUGACGUCGUUAAAAGAGCGGCAGUCAAAGCUCAAAUGAUGGAAAUAUGACAUUUCUGUUAGUUUCAUGUAUUGAUGUGAGGAAGGUUACAGUCUCCUCAUCAUCAUCGCUCCACGCAGAUGUUUGAUGUCUUCAGCUCCUCAGUGACGUUUAAGUCACAUGAUUCACGCACGUCAUCGUUUAUUCACUCAGUCUGUUUACAUUUUGUUUUUAUCCACACAACUACUUUUACACCUCAGCCAAGCGUAAAAACUUUCCACUCAGGCUUGAAAAUGCAAAUUAAAAAAAACAGUUGGAUGGAAACACAAAGACAGAAUUUUUGUAGUUUUGGAAAAAAAACACCUGCUUGACUUGUUUUAGACCGCUGAAGCUUCAUGUUACCUUCAGCUGAACGUGUGAGUAUUGUUCUCAGUCAGACGUUAAAAAUGUGAACUUGUCCUUUAAUUUCCUUAUUAUCAUGUUAUAUGACGUCUAUUUUAUCGAGGUUCAACACAGCCUGGUUAACCUUUCAGAGCUCACACACCACUGAAUAACAAAUCAUGUUCAACAAUCAGAGAAUUUUAACAAGAAGAAGUCAAAAAUUUAUUGCAAUGCCAAAUUAAAAGCAGAUGUGGACGAAGUAGUUUCCCUCUCUCACAGUUUAAUAACUCAUGUGCACAGUUUAUUAAACGUUAUUCUCAAAUCAGGUUCAAGUCAAAGUUUAGGAGCCACAGAAAUAUAUUCAAUAAAAUACUUGCACACGAAAAAUUUAGCAUAUUGAUAUUAAUUGAUCAAACUUUAUUUGUAUAAAGCUAUCUAGUGAAUAGGCAGUGAUUUCACACACAGCCACAGUCUCCAAUUUCCUCAUAAAUAUUAUUUUUUACAGCGGGAAUAUUUCACCAAAACUCGACAAACAUUCUUUGGGAUUUGAUUGAAUUGUCUGUGUUGUCAGCUGAUAGAUAGAAAAGUUCUUCUCUCUGUUUCUUCUGCAUGUCUGUGGGGACAUUUAUCCUUGUUGGUUUUGGGUUUUACUGCUGCUUUAUAUGAUCUCUAAAUAAACUCACUUAUUGCAUCCAUUCAUCAUUUCAGUCGUUGAUUGUUCGAAACAUGUUUUUAUUUUGAUCUGAACAUGAAAACAGCAUCAGAAUUGAAUGAAAUUAUGAAUAAGUGCAGUUCAAAAAUGUUCAGACUAGAGCUGCGGAGUUCUCCUGCAGAGGCAGCAGCGGCACACUUUCCAUAUUUUGGAAAUGUAUGAUGAUGAUAUGAUAAAAGAUGCAACGUCUGUCACUGCCUAUAUAACAUGGAAAAGCGGAUGAUACGAUGGAUUCAGAAUGAAUACGAUCAAUCAAACGUUCACGUGUUGUGAUUCUUCCUAAAACACGUGUAGUUCUGUCAUAAAACAUGCAGAACAUUAUAUUAACUAAGCUGUGAAAUACAGGAGUUCUGGUAAGUUUGAAACAUGAACAACAAAAUAUAAAAAUAACAAAAUGAUUCUAAAUAUCUAAAUUUGCCAAUAAACAUCAUGAGGACAUGUUUGCACUUUUAGGUUAAAUAAUAAUUAAAGUUA